AGUCGGGACGCACAAACUCUGCGUCAUGGCGGGCUGAGGUGGAUGAUGAAUUCCGGCGUGCAAGUCAGGGUUGCUGUGUCACUCGGCUCGCUCGGCGCGCCCCUUCCCCGCCGCCCUUCCGCACCGGCUCCCAGGCUCUUCCGGUCUCCCGUCGCCCCUCACCUGCAGGCCCAACUCCCGCGGCAGCCGGUGCACGCCAGGUGUGCCCUGUGGACGGAUCUCGCACAGUGCCCGGGUUCCGGGCGUCCGACCCACACGGGCCAUGGCGAGCGGCGCCGCCAGGUACCGGCUGAGCUGCUCCCUCCAGGGCCACGAGCUGGACGUGCGGGGCCUGGUGUGCUGCCUCUAUCCGCCGGGAGCCUUUGUGUCGGUGUCCCGAGACCGCACCACCCGCCUUUGGGCCCCGGACAGUCCUAACAGGGGCUUUACAGAAAUGCACUGUAUGAGUGGCCACUCUAAUUUUGUAUCUUGUGUAUGCAUCAUACCCUCAAGUGACAUGUACCCUCAUGGACUGAUUGCCACUGGAGGAAAUGACCACAAUAUUUGCAUUUUCUCACUGGACAGUCCAGUGCCUCUUUAUAUUUUGAAAGGUCACAAAAAUACUGUUUGUAGUUUAUCAUCUGGGAAAUUUGGGACAUUACUUAGUGGCUCAUGGGACACAACUGCUAAAGUCUGGCUGAAUGACAAAUGCAUGAUGACCUUACAGGGUCAUACUGCUGCUGUAUGGGCAGUAAAGAUUUUACCUGAACAGGGCUUAAUGUUAACUGGUUCAGCAGAUAAAACUAUUAAGCUGUGGAAGGCUGGAAGGUGUGAGAGGACUUUUUCAGGGCAUGAAGACUGUGUAAGAGGUUUGGCAAUUUUGAGUGAAACAGAAUUUCUUUCCUGUGCAAAUGAUGCUAGUAUUAGAAGAUGGCAAAUCACUGGCGAGUGUGUUGAAGUGUAUUAUGGACAUACAAAUUAUAUUUAUAGCAUAUCUGUCUUUCCUAAUUGUAAAGAUUUUGUGACAACAGCAGAAGACAGAUCUCUGAGAAUCUGGAAACAAGGAGAAUGUGCUCAAACAAUCCGACUUCCAGCUCAGUCUAUAUGGUGCUGCUGUGUGCUGGACAAUGGUGACAUUGUGGUUGGUGCGAGUGAUGGUAUUAUUAGAGUGUUUACAGAAUCAGAGGAUCGGAUAGCAAGUGCUGAGGAAAUCAAGGCUUUUGAAAAAGAGCUCUCUCAGGCAACCAUUGAUUCCAAAACUGGUGAUUUAGGGGACAUUAAUGCUGAACAGCUUCCUGGGAGGGAACAUCUGAAUGAACCUGGUACUAGAGAAGGACAAACUCGUCUAAUCAGAGAUGGGGACAGAGUCGAAGCCUAUCAGUGGAGUGUUAGUGAAGGAAGGUGGAUAAAAAUUGGUGAUGUUGUUGGCUCUUCUGGUGCUACUCAGCAAACAUCUGGAAAAGUUUUAUAUGAAGGGAAAGAAUUUGAUUAUGUUUUCUCAAUUGAUGUCAAUGAAGGUGGACCAUCAUAUAAAUUGCCAUACAAUACCAGUGAUGAUCCCUGGCUAACCGCAUAUAAUUUCUUACAGAAGAAUGAUUUGAAUCCCAUGUUUUUAGAUCAGGUGGCUAAAUUUAUUAUUGAUAACACAAAAGGACAAAUGUUGGGACUUGGGAAUACCAGUUUUUCAGAUCCAUUUACAGGUGGUGGUCGGUAUGUUCCAGGCUCUUCAGGAUCAUCCAACACUAUGCCAACAGCAGAUCCUUUUACAGGUGCUGGUCGUUAUGUGCCAGGUUCUGCAAGUAUGGGCACUACUAACAUGACUGGAGUUGAUCCAUUUACAGGGAAUAGUGCCUACAGAUCAGCUGCAUCUAAAACAGUGAAUAUUUACUUCCCUAAAAAAGAAGCUGUCACUUUUGACCAAGCAAACCCUACACAAAUAUUAGGUAAACUGAAGGAGCUUAAUGGAACUGCACCUGAAGAGAAAAAGUUAACUGAGGAUGAUUUGGUACUUCUUGAAAAGAUACUGUCUCUAAUAUGUAAUAGUUCUUCAGAGAAACCCACAGCCCAGCAACUUCAGAUUUUGUGGAAAUCUAUUAACUGGCCUGAAGAUAUUGUCUUCCCUGCACUUGACAUUCUUCGCUUGUCAAUUAAACAUCCCAGUGUGAAUGAAAACUUCUGCAAUGAAAAGGAAGGGGCUCAGUUCAGCAGUCAUCUUAUCAAUCUACUGAACCCUAAAGGAAAGCCAGCAAACCAGCUGCUUGCUCUCAGGACUUUUUGCAAUUGCUUUGUUGGCCAGGCAGGACAAAAGCUCAUGAUGUCCCAGAGGGAAUCACUGAUGUCCCAUGCAGUAGAACUGAAAUCAGGGAGCAAUAAGAACAUUCACAUUGCUCUGGCUACAUUGACCUUGAACUAUUCUGUUUGUUUUCAUAAAGACCAUAACAUUGAAGGGAAAGCUCAAUGCUUGUCAGUAAUUAGCACAAUCUUGGAAGUUGUUCAAGACCUAGAAGCCACUUUUAGACUUCUUGUGGCUCUUGGGACACUUAUCAGUGAUGAUUCAAAUGCUGUACAAUUAGCCAAGUCUUUAGGUGUUGAUACUCAAAUAAAAAAGUAUGCCUCGGUAUCAGAACCAGCUAAAGUAAGUGAAUGCUGUAGGCUUAUCCUAAAUUUGCUGUAGUAUUGGGGAAUGGGGGCUGAGAUUUUAAAUUGAUUAGUGUUUUUUUUUUUCCUCACAUUUUUCAUGACUGAUUAAAGAUUAUUAAAAAAAAUACUGUGGAUUAAGUUAAAGUUCAGAUCUUGUAAACUGGCAAGGAGGGGAAACAAAGGAGAAAUAAAAUUUUUGCACUGAUGAAUUGUGAGAUUUUUCCUGUGUAAUGUGGAUAAAUUUUCAAGAAUAUAGAAACAAAUUAAGAAAAAACUGUAAUCAACAACAUCACCAUCACUAUGUCAUUUUUCUCCAUACCUUAGCCAUUCAGAAGAAUACAAGGGCUUUUAUAUAAUCUGUUUUUACUAAACUGUUAGUUGUUGGUGGUUAUCUUUUAUUUUAACUUCUUCGAUUACUUUCAUUGUUGGGUUCUAUGAACAUCACUGACAUAUUUCAAGGUUUUGUUUUAGCAUUUACUAUACAUUUUUAAAUAUUGUUAUACGUUGAAAAGAUAAUUUCUUGAUUUAAGUCAUUUAUAAAUAGAAGGUAUAUUUGUUUUCUAGCUAAUUUUUAGAUGAAAAAUCAAAUAGAUAAGUUAGAUCAUAUAUCAAUUUAGACGAGAGGCCUUAAGUUGCAUAUAGGUUAUAUCUAGUUUCUUUUCCCCUUCCAUGUUUGAGAUAGCUUCAUUUUCAUUCCAGCAAUGAUAUUUGUUUACUUUCAGUUAUUUCCAUUAUUUAAAACAUGUUCAAUUUUAUUAGGCACUAUGUAAGCAAACCUGUAUCAAUCUAUGUUAUUUGAAAGUCUAAAGGCUGUUGUGUGAAAUUAAUGUCUUGGAUCCUCCAAUAUGACCCACACAGUAUACUACACACUUUGACAUUUACUUCUCCAACCAGCUUUAAAUGAGGGAUGGUAUUAUCUCUGUUGCAAGUCUAAAGAUAAUGGAAUGAAUCAUGAUAGGAGAAAACAAAGAAAACCCAAGAGUGAGUUAACUAUUAAAAGUACUAUAAUUUCUCAGAGAAGGUGGUCAAAGAACAUCCUUUCUGAACAUCUUAGCAACUAAAACAAAGAACCAUCCAUUAAUUUUAGAUGAUUGGUUGUGUCUAAGACAAUCUAAUUUCUUAAGCAAAUUUUUAUUUUUUAUGUGGGAGAAAUGUUUUCACCAAAAGGACUUGGCCUAAAAUCAUGAGCAACAUUCUUAGCAUUUGUGGUAUUACCGUGGGGGUUUCCUAGCCAAUGCCAAAUUGAACUCUGAGAAGGACCUUUUUUCCUAGCAUGGGAAUAAAAGUUUCUGAUUCUUUAGAUUAAUCAAGGAAAAACUUCUGGAUAUCAAAAGGAAAUCAGUAAAAUGUAAAUAGAGGGGGUAUGUACCUUGAUAAGUAUUAAAUCGUACCUUCUCGGUGUGCACCUGGACUUUAAAUAUUGUUUGCUAGCUCAGAAGCCUAUGCUUUAUUUUUUGUUGAAUCAGGAUUUAAAUUGUUACAUCAAACUUAAAUGACAAAACUAAGAAUUUAACCUGGAUCAGACUGGUUCCAUUACAAUACGCUGCCCUCUUAAUACGUCAAGUCUACCAUGUAAUUAUAGGUACAAUUUGGCUGCAAUAUUUUGAAAAACCAGGUACCCUUGAAUAAUUGGACAUAGUCUUAUUUAACAAUAUGAGUUCACUCUACACAGUUUAGGGGUGGCAAACUGUAAACACUGUUUGCCUUUUACUAUGGUGAAAUAUUCUUAUAACAUUUUUAUUAUCUCAUUCCAUGUUUAUACAGUUUAGCAAAAGGAAAAAAAUAAUUCCACUUGAAGGAUGUGUUAAAUAGUGGUUUAAUUAUUUAAUGAUUUUACGUUUCUUUAAACUUUUCUGUGAUUCUCCUAAUGUUUUUAUUUCUAAAUAUAAAAGUAAUAAACAUUCAUUGAGUAAAAUACACAUUCACCUCACCCCUCCAAAUAAAAAUUGCCUGUAAUCUUA